CUUCUACUCCAUCUUCCCACCAACUUCUUCUAUCAUCAUCUCUUUCCUCCAUCCAUCCAUGGCCCCAGCUCAAAAUUUAAUGACCUCACCCGAUGCUGCAUUCAUGAUUCACACCCGGAAGCAGAAAAUCAGUCCAAAUCCGGUCGCUUUUCACCUCACCUCAUUGCAUUUCACCAAUUCAUAUUCCUGCCUGCCUGACCAAUUCUUGCCAAUUUUCUCACUAACCAUGGGCAUCAACUGCAAGUCAUUAUCUUGGAUUAAAGUAAUUUACUAGUAUAGUGGUUUAAGUAGUUUAGAGUCACUUGCCUUGUGCUUAUCUGUCUAAUUGCUUCCACCUGGCUUGGUUCACUUCACCCCCUUUUGCUUAAAAGGCGGUGCCUUUGGUGUUUUCUUCUUUCUUCUUCCACCUGUUGGCUGUUCUUGGCUUCAAGAAGCUGCGUGUUGCAGAGACUCAGAGAGGCUUGCAAGCAAAAUCUACUAUUCAUUUGGGUCUUGGGUUCUUUGCCCUGAUUAAUUGUUGGGCGGUUUUGGUGCGAAAGUUUCAGUUUCUUGUGUGAUGCAAAAAAAACUGAAAUUUUUGUGGAGAGGCAAGGAUUGAAACUGCUUGGGUGCCACCGAAGAUCGAGUUCAUGGUGAAUAUUGUGAGAGUUCUUGGUGAAGUUCUUGCCUGAGAAGGAAGGUGUGAGAGUUCUUGUCAAGGUUAUUGCCUGAGAAGGAAGGUUUUGUGGUCUAUCUUGCUGUGAUUUGAUUUCUCUCCCCUUCUGCAAAUCCCCGCCAAAAAAUGAGAAGAAUUCAUUGACAUUCUCCUCUCCAAUUUCUGAUUGUCCUUGCAAUCCAGAAUGAGCUCAGUUUCUUUGGAUGUCAUGGCUCCAGCUCUGAGACAAAUUAUUCACUUAUACCCUCUUCAACUACUCUAGCUUCUCCUUUUUUUCCCCUUAGUGUUGUCUGCUUAUCUGUAUCUCUGUGCAAUUCAUGGCCCUUUGAUACCAUUUUAGCCUCCAAUUUUCAUUGGGAUUCAUCAUGGAUAGUACCUUUAGAAAGCUUAAAUUAGUUCUAGCUCUUGUUGGGAUCAUCACCUGGAUUAUUGGUACCUGCAAUGCAAAAUUCACCCCUGCAGACAACUAUCUUGUGAACUGUGGUUCCACGGUCGAUGCAACUGUUGGUCAGAGGGUCUUUGUAGCUGACAAUUCGCAGUCUAUUGUGUUGACAACCCCUCAGAGUCAGAGCAUUGCUGCUAGAACCACGCUGAAUUCGGUGUCGGGUUUCGACAAUGCCGAGCUGUUUCAAACCGCAAGGAUAUUCACUGCGCCGUCGUCCUACUCAUUCAAGAUGAGAAGCAGUGGCCGGCAUUUUGUCCGGCUCUACUUCUUCCCUUUCUUGUAUCAGAGCUAUGAUCUUGCAAGCUCAAAAUUCAAGGUGUCAACAGAAGAUGUUGUUCUCAUUGAUAAUUUCCCUCAGCCAAGCAAUUCCAUCUCAGUGGUCAUGGAGUAUUCUCUGAACAUUACAAGAGACAGGCUAAUUCUAACUUUUGUGCCGGAAGGGAACAGUACAUCCUUCGUCAACGCCAUUGAAGUUGUGUCGGUUCCUGAUGAUCUAAUUACUGAUUCGGCGCAACUUCUGGGUGUUGGGCAGUAUCUUGGACUGGCAGCACAGCCAUUGCAAACAUUCCACAGGAUCAAUGUGGGCGGGCCGAAGGUCACAGCUGAAAAUGAUACUCUGGCUCGAACAUGGUUUGCUGAUCAGAGCUUCUUCAGAAAUCCCACUGUCGCUCAAGCAGUUACUUACCAAGAAAGACUGAAUUACAAAGAUGGAUCAGCAACGCAGGAUGAUGCACCAGACAGUGUCUACAAUACUGCGAGGCGGUUGGUUGGGCAGAGGAACGCCAGCUCCACGCCAAACAUGACAUGGGAAUUCAAUGUUGAUGGCCGUUCAAGCUACCUGAUUCGGUUCCAUUUCUGCGACAUAGUGAGCAAGGCAGCAUUUCAGCUCUACUUUGAUGUCUAUGUUUAUAACUUUUCAGCAGCAAAAGAUCUUGAUCUCUCCGCCAGAGAAUUUGGUACACUGGCGGCGCCAUUCUACAUGGAUAUUGUCUUACCAUCAAGUGACCCGUCAGGUAACCUCACUGUCAGCAUAGGUCCUUCCAGCUUGCCUAAUGCAACACCUGAUGGAAUCCUGAAUGGCCUGGAGAUCAUGAAGAUGAACUUCAGCAGUGGAUCUGUUUACGUUGUCAAACCGCCAUCAGCAGCGAAACAACAAUUGCCCAUCAUUUUAGGAUCUGUUCUUGGAGGCAUUGGUGCUGCUAUCAUUGUCGUUGUUCUCUGUGUUGUUUUCAGAAGAAAGAAGAAGAUGAAGAAACCGCAGACGCCAUUAACAAGUCGGCCUUCAAGUUCUUGGACACCACUCUCUCUCAAUGCUCUCAGCUUCCUUAGUACAGGUACCCGGACAACCAGCCGGACCACUUAUACAUCUGGAACUAACAGCGACACAAGCUACCGGAUUCCUUUUGUUGUUCUGCAAGAGGCAACAAACCACUUCGAUGAGCAGAUGGUUAUUGGAGUCGGAGGAUUUGGGAAGGUCUACAAAGCAGUUCUGCAGGACAGCACCAAAGUUGCAGUGAAGCGUGGCAACCAGAAGUCUCACCAAGGGAUUAGGGAAUUCCGGACGGAGAUCGAGCUGCUGUCUGGGCUGCGACACCGCCAUCUCGUGUCGCUCAUUGGUUACUGCGAUGAGCGCAAUGAGAUGAUCUUGGUGUAUGAGUACAUGGAGAAAGGCACUCUGAAGGGUCACCUGUAUGGCGGUGACCAGCCUCCACUCAGCUGGAAGAAAAGGCUGGAAAUCUGCAUUGGUGCUGCAAGAGGGCUCCACUACCUCCACACCGGUUUCGCAAAAUCGAUCAUCCACCGUGACGUCAAGUCAGCAAACAUUCUCCUCGAUGAAAAUCUCAUGGCCAAGGUCUCUGAUUUUGGCCUCUCAAAAACAGGGCCUGAAUUUGAUCAGACACAUGUUAGCACCGCCGUGAAAGGGAGUUUCGGCUAUCUUGAUCCUGAGUACUACAGGAGGCAGAAGCUGACCGACAAGUCAGACGUGUACUCGUUCGGUGUGGUCUUGCUAGAGGUGAUCUGCGCAAGGCCAGUCAUCGACCCGACGCUUCCAAGAGACAUGAUCAACCUUGCAGAGUGGGCUAUUAAGUGGCAAAAGAGAGGAGAGCUUGAUCAGAUCAUCGACAAGAGGAUCGCCGGGACAAUCAGGCCAGAAUCGCUGAGGAAGUACGGGGAGACGGUGGAGAAAUGCCUCGCGGAGUACGGCGUCGAACGGCCUACGAUGGGAGAUGUCCUGUGGAACCUGGAGUUUGUGCUCCAGCUGCAGGAGGCAGGCCCGGACAUGUCCAACAUUGAUAGCAUGAAUCAGAUCUCUGAACUCCCUUCAAAUGCCCAGAGGAUAAGCUCCCUGGAGAUCAGCACUGCAGAUGAAAGCCGAACGGCCAUGGACUACUCUCAGAUGUCAACCAGUAAUGCCUUCUCACAGCUGAUCAACACAGAAGGGAGGUGAAUUUGGAGUGAAAUUGUCCUAAGAGUCACUGCAAAAAAAUGUUGAACAUGUUCAGUUAGGGAAAAUGAGAUGUUUCUUGCUCAGUUGAUUGUCUACACUCUUGUUUGAUUUUGCCCAGAUAUAUAUAACAAGCCUUCAAUUGCAUUGAAUUUUUGUUACCCCUAUACUGUACAUACAUAUGUUUCUUAUUUAUCUUAAAGCCUGAAAAUGGAUUAUGUUACAGAAUGAACAUUGUUGA